CGGAAGUAGAUCCGGCGCGCGCCCAGUAGCCGCGCGGAGGGCCUCGCGUGGGUCGCUUUCUCGCCGCCUCGGUAAUCCACAGUUUUCUUGAAGUUAACCAGUGGAAGAAUUAUUCUUAGAACUGAUCAUUUGACAUCAGAAUGAAGCAAGACGCCACAAGGAAUCCGGCCUACACUGUGGAUUGUGAAGAUUUUGUGCAUGUGGUAGAAUUUAAUCCCUUCGAAAGUGGAGAUUCAGGAAAUCUAAUUGCAUAUGGUGGCAAUAAUUAUGUGGUGAUUGGCAUAUGUACAUUUCAGGAAGAAGAAGCCGAUAUUGAAGGCAUUCAGUAUAAAACACUACGAACAUUUCACCAUGGAGUAAGAGUCGAUGGCAUAGCCUGGAGCCCAGAGACUAGACUUGAUUCAUUGCCACCAGUCAUCAAAUUUUGUACAUCAGCUUCUGAUCUGAAAAUCAGAUUAUUUACUUCAGAUCUUCAAGAUAAAAAUGAAUAUAAGGUUCUAGAGGGCCACUCAGAUUUCAUCAAUAGUUUGGCAUUUGAUCCCAAAGAAGGCCAGGAAAUUGCAAGCGUAAGCGACGACCAUACCUGCAGGAUUUGGAACUUGGAAGGAAGGCAAACAGCUCAUUUUGUUCUUCAUUCCCCUGGAAUGAGUGUGUGCUGGCAUCCUGAGGAGAAUUUUAAGCUAAUGGUGGCAGAGAAGAAUGGAGCAAUCCGGUUUUACGAUCUUGUGACCCAUCAGGCUGUUUUGUCUCUUGAAUCAGAACAGAUACCUUUAAUGUCAGCACACUGGUGUUUAAAAAACACCUUCAAGGUUGGGGCAGUUGCAGGAAAUGAUUGGCUGAUAUGGGAUAUCACUCGGUCCAGUUAUCCUCAAGAGACGCGGCCCGUGCACAUGGACCGAGCUUACUUGUUCAGGUGGUCCGCGAUCAGUGAGAGCUUGUUUGCAACCACGGGUUACCCGGGCAAAGUGGCCAGCCAGUUCCAGAUUCACCACUUAGGGCACCCUCAGCCCAUCCUCGCAGGCUCGGUCGCCGUGGGAGCCGGCCUGUCCUGGCACAGGACCCUCCCACUGUGCGUGCUGGGAGGAGACCGCAAGCUGUCCUUCUGGGUGACUGAGGUGUGACGCAAACGGCCUCUGGAUUUCCUGUUCCUAAACUUCGUGUUUCUACAACAUACUUUGGAGAAUUCCUUAUUUUUAUAUCAAGUAUACUGUAAAUUUUAGAAAUCUCUGUUGUUGCUUUUGUUAAAUAAAAUGUAGGUGUUUUGAACA